AUGUCUGCCUCCAAAGGACGUGUUUUGCUCGCAUAUUCCGAUACCUCCUGCAUCCUCGCAUGGCUGAUUGAGCAGGGAUACGAGGUGUACGCAUUCAUGGCCGAUGUGGGCCAAGAUGACGACUUUGCCGCUGCUGAGAAGAAGGCACUCAAAGUCGGAGCCAAGAAGUUUUUCCUGGCGGAUCUGAAGCGCGAAUUCGUCGAGGAGCUGAUCUACCCUGCUGUACAAGCCAACUGCAUCUAUGAGAACGUGUAUCUGCUCGGGACGUCCCUUGCUCGGCCGGUCACGGCGCGUGGGUUAAUCGAGAUCGCGGAUCGGGAAGGUUGCGAUUAUGUUUCCCAUGGCUGCACUGGCAAGGGCAAUGACCAGGUUCGAUUCGAAUUGGCGUUCUACGGUCUUAAGCCGGACAUCAAGGUCAUCGCUCCUUGGCGGUUACCUGAAUUCUACAACCGUUUCCCUGGCCGUCAGGCUCUGCUCGAGUACGCUGCCGAGAAGGGGAUUCCCGUCGUUCAGACUGCUGCCAAGCCAUGGUCCACAGACGAGAACAUGUUCCACAUUUCCUACGAGGCUGGUAUCCUCGAGGACCCGAACACGACGCCUCCGGUCGAUAUGUGGAAAGUGACCACUGCCCCGGAAGAGGCACCGGAAACACCUGAACGCAUCACGAUCGAGUUCGACAAGGGCCUCCCGACCAAGGUCGUGAUUUCCGGUGACAACAAGACGUACACUGAUGCUGUCGACAUCUUCGUUGCGCUUAAUGCCCUCGGGCGCAAACACGGUGUCGGCCGUAUCGAUAUCGUCGAGAACCGGUUCAUUGGCGUCAAAUCGCGCGGGUGCUACGAAUCGCCCGGCGCGACGAUCCUCCGAGCUGCUCACAUCGACCUGGAGGGUCUCACCCUCGACCGCAACGUCCGUGCGUUGCGGGAUCAGUUUGUCACGAUCGAGCUGAGCCGGAUUCUGUACAACGGCCACUUCUUCACACCCGAGCGCGAAUUCGUCAUGAGCGCCAUUCCGGCCAGCCAGCGGACGGUGAACGGCACCGUCCGCCUGAAGUUGUACAAGGGCAAUGUUGUCGUUGAGGGCCGGCAGAGCGAGGAGGGUCUGUACGACGAGCGACAGAGCUCCAUGGACGAGAUGGGUGGCUUCGAGCCCACGGAUACCAGCGGCUUCAUCCAGAUCCAGUCGAUCCGUGUCAAAAAAUGGGCCCAGGCCAACGCGCGCCGCGGCCAGGGCGGUGUGCUGCCGCAAGACGUGUACGGCGCGCGAGCCUGAGUAGCUACGGGUCUUGUUUCAUCUGUACGUUAUGUAAUGUUGACAUUGUUAUCGGUUCCGGGACAUACGCGUCCUCUCCCCCAAAAAAAGUAGUACCCCGAGCCUCACGUUCGCCGAGCGGGGAGGUCGU